GUACAGUAAAGGAAAGAAUAGCAAAAUAGCAAAACGGUCAAAGUGGUGAAAAAAACACCCCAAUUGUGCCACACUUUUAAAAACGAAGGGAACAGCAUGGCUUGCUUUCUUACACGCUAAUGAAUUCGUAUGCAUAGCACACCUUAAAGAAUGUCCCAUAAGUGAACACUCAAGUAUUUUUUCUAACGAAAAAAAAAAAAAAAGAAAGAAUUCUCCAUGAAGUGACCCCCUUCAUACAAACAUCGAAACAUUAGUAGGCAGAUUCUUAUCCCACUUACGGGGGCUGGUGUGGAGACCCAACAGACGCUCCCCAUUCGUUCACUCACAUUUUUGCCAAAGACCCAAAAGUAUUCCACCUCCCCAUCGCUUUCUUUUAAAUGUUAAAUCUUAUACCCAAAAGAAUCGUUUCCAAAACUCUGCUUUUUGGAAAGAGGUCAACCCAGAGAAUUCGCGUUGGAAAAGAUAAAAAUGUCCUGGAGUUAAGCUUAAGUGACGUGAACUCAAUUUACGACGAUGUAGAUGAGAACACGCACUUGCACAAUAAGGACUACAACCCACUGAAGUACCACCGAUAUGUGAAGUACAAAAUAGCAGCCCUAAAUCUUAUUGAGGCACACAAAAAUGAGGAGAACAAAAAAACGGCAUUGACCAACAUUACAUGGUACGCCAAAAUUAGGGAUUAUUUUUUCAUACACUUUUGCAAGAAUCAAAUGGAGUUAAAGGAGAAGAUGGUUCCGAAGUUUUUUUACCCAAUGGAGAAGUAGCUUUGGCUUUUUUUU